UACACCGUAGGAACACAGAAGGUUCUCAACAGUGAAGGGAACGGACCCCCGAAAAUAGUCGCUAUUGGAUUCGCGUAAUACCUUUUACUCCGCAGAACAUUCUCUCGUCUCUCCAUGUCUGAAAAUCCAUUGCAGGCUCUCUUUCAAACGUUCGAAAAAGUCUCACGCUGUGUUCAAACCCAUUUAUCCCAAUUCAUUGGCCUCUCCAAUCUCCCAUCACCCACAAAUGGACAGCCUCUCUUUUCUCUCUCCUCGUCUGCAAACCCAUCACGCUCAAACACUAACUCUGUUCUUCUCCAACCCAAAGACAGUCUCAGUGAGGGGAAAUCAACUUCACCGGUUACUAAAGAACAGCUUGGAAGGGCAACAUGGACUUUCCUUCACACUCUUGCUGCUCAGUAUCCAGAUAAUCCAACUAGACAACAAAAGAAGGAUGUAAAAGAGCUGAUGUCAAUAUUAUCUCGGAUGUACCCGUGCAAGGAAUGUGCUGAUCACUUUAAAGAAGUUCUAAGAUCAAAUCCUGUACAGGCUGGAUCUCAGGCUGAGUUUUCCCAAUGGUUAUGUCAUGUACACAAUGUUGUUAACAGAAGCCUCGGUAAGCUGGUAUUUCACUGUGAGCGAGUUGAUGCACGGUGGGGCAAGUUGGAGUGUGAACAGCGCGCUUGUGAUCUACAAGGAACUACAACAAAUUUUGGCAAUGAUAUACAUUAACUGAGAGAACUCAUUAAUGUGAUUUACAGGAAAUUAACAAAUGAUGGAGUUUGUGUUAUUAUGAUGUUAUUGUCCAUGGGAACCUCAUUUUUUUUUAAUCAGAAAAUAGAAUUUGCUGUUUCUUAUCCUGGGAAGUACGAGCUAGGUUGUCUAUUUGGCUGUUGCCUUUUAAGUUCAUAUGCUAUUGCUUCAUUCUUUGUCUAGAUCAUGUAAUUUUCUUUUUCUUUUGCUUCCUUGGGACUGUAUAGAACCUUUGUUUUUUUUCCUCUCCUGGGCACACCUGGGUGCUUUACCGAUUAGGCCAGUGGGUGAUGCCCGGCCUGUAUUGAACCUUGGUGUUGUGUUUAGAUUGAAACAAGCCGAGUAUUGAAUCU